UAGGGGCUUGAUUGUAUACACCUGUGUCCAUGGAGGGGAUUGGAGCACCUGAACCACAUGAUAUGGAGGGGAUUGGAACUGAAUCACAUGAUUGGAGGGGAUUUGAACACCUGAAUCACAUGAUAUGGAGUAUUUGAAUACAUGAUAGGGAGAGGGAUUGGAACACCUGAAUCACAUGAUUGGGAGGGGAUUGGAACACCUGAAUCCACAUGAUAUGGAGGGGAUUGGAACACCUGAAUCACAUGAUAUGGAGGGGAUUGGAACACCUGAAUCACAUGAUAUGGAGAGGAUUGGAACACCUGAAUCACAUGAUAGGGAGAGGAUUGGAACACCUGAAUCACAUGAUAUAGAGGGGAUUGGAACACCUGAAUCACAUGAUUGGGAGGGGAUUGGAACACCUGAAUCACAUGAUUGGGAGGGGAUUGGAACACCUGAAUCACAUGAUAUGGAGGGGAUUGGAACACCUGAAUCACAUGAUAUGGAGGGUGGGGAC